AAAAUCAGCAAUGGAUUGUUGCUUGAAUCUGAUUGUCCUCUUCUGUGGAGUUAACUUCAUCUCCUGCUCUCACUUACCACCACUACAUGGAUCGGACUGAGUGACGACCCUAAAUCGUGGAGGGGCACCAUGGGUAAUGACCCCAACUCCUGGAGAUGGUCAUCGACUGGUGAAACCAGUAGAACUGGUUACCAGAACUGGGCGGUGGGGAAACCAACCAAUCCCCUGCAGACCUGUGCUGUGAUGCUCGCUGAUGGACGAUGGAAUGAAUAUUCCUGUGAAUCAGCUUUAUAUUUUAUUUGUUACACUGAGACGUACCAAGCAACGAAAAGCUUUGUGUUAAUACAACUUUCAAAAAGCUGGUCUGCUGCCCGCGACUACUGCAGACAACACUACACAGAUUUAGCCAAGAUUGAGAAUGAUGAGGAACAGAAUGAGGUCAAUUCCGCAAAUCCAAGCCAUGGCAUAGUUUGGAUUGGUCUGUACCGAGUAUCGUGGACUUGGUCCGACAAGUCACAAAGCUCCUUUAGAGUCUGGGCUAGUAAUGAGCCAAAUAAUUACGACAACGAGGAAUUCUGUGGAGCUAUGACAUCAUCACAUCAAUGGAAUGACAUUGGCUGCUCUUACCUAUUCCCUUUUGUCUGCCAUCAAGUUACCACAUUGAAGACCACGCUCAAGAUGAAGUUUGAGACUGAUGCUGAUAUCACAGAUCCAGCUCUUAACGCCAAGAUCCUGCAGCAGCUGAGUGCAGCGCUGACACGUCAGGGAUUCACUGACUUCAAGCUGAGAUGGAAGAUUCCGCCCAAAAAGCAGGAGAAGACCACGGAAACUCAAUGUGUCAUAAAUGAAUGAUAUAUUUAUUUAACUGCAUUCCUACUAGCUUAUAAUAGUCUUGUUAUUAUCUAUGUUAUUUGUGAAUAAAAACAGACCUCAGCUAUUAGAUGAUUUGCAACUGGUCUGUCUGAUUUAAAAAGUCAUUUAAAAAAACUCUUCUCCAUUAUCAUUCUAAAUACUAUUAUAAAUGUUUUAUUGACACCUUACUUUGUUACACAGUGACUAAAGGACUUGAUGUUACUGCUGUCAUCAAAGGCUUUUAACUGUGAAAUAAAAAAUUUGUCUGGUUUUUCAAAACUUAAAACAACUUCUACUUCUUCUUCCUCUUUGGAAAUCCGAUAAUCAAUGAAUAAGCAAUUGUCUUUUCAUU